AUGUCCAGCAACGCCCGAAAACUGCUUCCCAGAGGUGCCCCGCCACCCCCAAUACCUCCACAACGUGGUUGCCAGGAAACAAAGCCUUGCGACCGGUGUGUUGCCAAGGGCAUCACAUGUGUUUUCGAUGAGACUCAAGAUGGCCGACGAGGCCGUAAACGCCUCCUCGACGACUUGGCUGAUAAGGCCGAUGCACUGGACACCAUCAUGCGCUCCCUCAAGGCCUCCGAUGACGAUUCACUUCAAGACCUUGUUCAUCUUAUUCGCACUGAGCGACCACUGGAUAAUGUUGUUGAGCAAGCCAAACGCAUUCUGGCCCGGAACGAGUUGCGCAGCAAGUCGAGAUAUCGCUUACGACAGGCUGUAUUGAGAAUCGCAUCACUUGUCGAUGAGCCGCCGUACCGAGUUCCGGCGCAGCCGUGGACCACGGUCAUAAAUGAUGACGAAGCCGUCUCGCAUUUGAUUUCUGUUUAUUUUACCUGGCAUCAUCACGGCUACCCUUCUGUGGACGAGAGGUGUUUUAUGCAAGCGAUCAAUGCGAAGAACUUAUCCAGCCCAUACUGCUCUCCAUUCUUGGUGAAUGCGAUGCUCUUCGUCGCUUGUAUGUACACCGAUCAUCCUUCGGCGUUUGCGGAUCCUGAAGACGGAUCAACUAGAGGUGCGCAUUUCAUGGAAGAGACAAUACGACUGUGGACUCUUGAAGAGGGCCGGCCCUCGCUCGCCAACCUACAAGCAUUUCCGGCUUUCAUUUCCGGCCUCGUUUUCCUAGAGCUUGUCCAAUUGGUCAAAAAAAACCAGAAGCAGGGCAGGCGCGACUUCUUGGAACCUGAUUUCCAAAAGUCAUAUCAACGAGCUCUCUCAGCAAUCUUCUCCCUCCAGACUGAGGUUGCAAUUGCCUGGAUGAAACCGUUCAACAUACAGUACCCAGCAUGCCCAGCCGAAUACACCGAAUCGGAGCUCCGCAUGCAGACGUUGUGGCAACCCUGCCCAGGCACUGAGUCAAAGGUCGUCAUCCAUCCAUGUUUGAUCGAUGCCGAAAGAUUUCGCCUAUUUGUCAUUGCAUCCCGGACUCUACCAGUGGUAUUGAGCGGCAAUGCACAAGAUAGCCCCCUGCCAAAUUAUGUCAUCCUGGAUAGGCAAGAGAGACAGGAUCGCUUAACUGAGAUUGAAGAGCAGUUGCUCCAGUGGUAUCAAGAGUUGCCCAAGAUCUUGCAAAUUCAACCGCAAUCGGCAGGAGAUGCAACGCCACCAGGGCCUCUGGUCGACCUUCAUCUUGCAUACCACUCCUUCCAGAUCAAUGUGCAAAGCCUCAUGCUUCGCGCCCGUGGAAAAGAUGACCCAGAGAGACGUGAUGCAGAGGGAAAAAUAAUACUGGCAUCUCAAAAGAAUGCCGCUCUCCUUGAAUGGCUACAGCGUACUGUCACUCUCAAGCACUACAGUGUCUAUGUUGGGCAGGCGUCCUCGCUCUCAGUCUUCAAUUCUCUCGAGUUUCUCGACCGCCCAGAGAGUGCCAAGACCUUUCACAUCUUCAUUGUUGCGUUGAGCUCCAUAUCAAGACGCUGGACGCUGGUCCGUGGAAUCGUAAAGGUGGUAUGGAUUAUGUUGAAGGAACGCGAACUAGACAAAUACCUUGAACCCGCAACAGUCAGUCUUCUGAAGCUUGGUGCUGUGGACAAUUGGGGUUCAAAAGAUCAUGAGCUGUUCGAGAAGUGCGCCUAUCCAAAUUACGCGGCAAUUGAAGAGAAAGGUCGUGAUCUCGUUGAGUUGGGGGAUCUCUUGCAACAAUAUGCACAGCUACAGUUGGGAGAUGAUCAUGACCCUGUUUAG